AUGGCGACUCCAUCAUGUAUAGAUAUUGAACAGACACCGGCCGUCGUUGAGUGGGAAUGGGAGGGCGCGACGCGUUCCUUAGCCACCCCAGAUCCAGACAAUGUCCCGAUACGAUUUACGAUACACACCGAUUCGACCCACGACAAACAUCGCGCUCAUUUCGAGAUAGUUGUUCCUGUCAAAUUUAAAGACAAGCCGAGUAGUGCGGCGGUUUUCUUGCGAAUUAGCCCUUUAUUCAUCACAUGUUUCCGCUUCUCCACAAACAUUGAUACUUUGGAUUCUAUAAAAAAUCAGCGGUUUGACUCUGCCACAUGUCUCGAGUUUGAACUGAGCAAUUCUAUCGCCGUGCUCGUCCCCAGCUACGUCAAAGAGCCAGUAUCAGCCUCCCGACCACGGUCUGGCAAGGUUCUGGACUCUCUCUACGAGCUAUCCCAUGUCAUUGCUCUACGAAUAUAUAUCCAAGAUUCUCUAUUAUCCCUCGACCAACUCAAUUCCAUCAGCGACACAGUAACCAAAGGUCAUCUCGAACCCUUUUCUGGCCCUGAGUAUGAUAUUUCGCGCAUGUUCAGUGGCAGCGGAGCAAAAGCUACAAACCUCGCUGCACCCAAACCUCCAUCAUAUGAGAAGGCGACGAGCUCACACUCACAACCGCCGAGCGCUCCCUCAUACCAACGCAAACGACCUCGACAGGACAGCCCUCAAGGACCCGAUAGUAUCAGCCAAGUCUGGGAUAAGCUACAGAAGCUAGAGUCCUUGUUUCACAACAAGGUUGGAGAGCUAACAGCUGAGAAUGCUAAGCUCCGAGACCAGAAGCCAAAGCCUGACGAGUCGCAAGCUGAGACUACCCAGUCUACAGACCAGUCACAGGUGGUCAUAGAGCUGAGAGCUGAGAACGCUCAGCUUCGUGAAGAGGUAGAGCGUUUGAAGAAGAGGCAGGAGGAUCUUGAGGCAGAGGUCGCAUCACUGCAAACCGCGCAAAGAAGCGAGAAGGAUACAGAGGAGGUUGCAAUAAUAGAAAUUCGAGACGACAUUGAGUCACUGGAGCGUAGAUUGUCUUGGGUCGAGAAUGGAAAAGACGAAUACUUCGUGAAGCAAAUAAAGCAAGAAAUCUUUGACGAGUUGGCGACGCGUGUCUUGGGUGGCUAG